UUCCUCCCUCUGUAACUUUUCUUUCCUCUCCUGUCUUCUUUCCCUGUGCUUGAAUGGAGAGGCCGGGCUCUCUGGAACCUGGACUCCCCUUGCCGGGUGCAGAGCCCGUUGCUGAGGUUCAUGUUGCCAAGAUGGAAGCGCCUCCUGUGGAUGAGGGGGCAAAAUUUGCCAGCUCUAAACUGUUUCGGUGUGCAUGUGUAAAUCGCUUGCUGCCACUGGCCUACAGAGUAGAACUUUAUCAUGUCUUACGACUCACAGGCCCACUGCUGCUGUCCCGGAUUCUGAACUUCCUCCUGCCAUUUGUCAUCACCAUAUUCUGUGGUCACAUUGGAAAUGCAGAGCUUGCUGGAUAUGCCCUUGCCUCAGCAACCAUCAAUGUGACCACAACUGCAACAGGCUAUGGCCUUACGAUGGCUUGUGACACCCUCAUUUCUCAGACGUAUGGCAGCAGGAACAUGAAACGUGUGGGAGUUAUUCUACAGAAAAGCACCCUGAUCCUACUACUGUUUUGCCUGCCCUGUUGGGCUCUCCUCAUCAACUCUCACAAUUUACUGCUCCUACUCCACCAAGAGCAUGAAGUAGCUCGAAUAGCCAAUCUAUAUGUGAUGACGUUUCUUCCUGCUGUUCCAGCAAUGUUCUUACAUCAGCUGCAAGUUUCUUAUCUACAAAACCAGGGGAUCAUUCUACCUCAGAUGUAUACGGCUGCAGUGGCCAACAUUUUCAACUUGGGGAUCAACUAUCUCCUUAUUUCUGUGCUGAAGCUGGGUGUAAUUGGGUCAGCAGUUGCCAACAGCCUCUCUCAGAUCAUCAUUUGCCUUCUAUUGUUUGGCUAUAUCAGAUGGAAGAAGCUCCAUCAGCGGACAUGGGGAGGCUGGUCCACCGAAUGUCUGCAGGGCUGGGGUUCCUUCAUGAAGCUGGCUGUUCCCAGCGCAUUCAUGAUCUGUUUUGAGUGGUGGGUCUGGGAGGUUGGAGGUUUUCUUGCAGGUGUGCUUGGAGAAGUUGAUCUGGCUGCCCAGCAUGUGAUGGUCGAAAUAGGAGCCAUAACAUACAUGUUUCCUUUAGGUAUCCACGCUGCAGCCUGUGUACGUGUUGGGAACGCUCUGGGGGCCGGCAACACAUCCAGAGCGAUAGUCACCUGCAAGGUUGCUCUCGUUCUAUCAGGAGUACUCGCUGUGUUCCAGGGAUUCAUCCUUGCUGGCUGUAAGUCCGUCAUUGGCUACAUAUUUACCUCAGACGAGAACAUUGUGCGGCUCGUUUCAGAAAACCUGACAGUUUACACAUUUCUUCAGUUCCUUGAUGCAGUUUUGUGUGUCUGCUCAGGAAUUCUUGUCGGAUGUGGGAUGCAGAAAAUCGCUGCCCUAUCAAACCUGGUGUUUUACUACUUCAUCGGCCUACCUGUAGGAAUAGCACUAAUGUUUGCUGCCCAGCUUAGAAUAUUAGGGUUGUGGCUCGGUCUCCUAAUUUGUGUUUUCGUUCAGACGAGUUUCUUCCUUGUUUUGAUCUUUAAAGCCGACUGGAAAAAAGUGACGCAUAAGGCUCAAAGGCGAGCUGGGAAAACUGUAGUUGUGGCCCCAGUGCGUCCUGUUAGUACUGUUCUAAGUGAGGCGAUCUUACCGGAUGUCAUUGACAGCCCAGAAUUGGCCCAGGAAAAGAGUGAAACAGCUUUCAGAACAGAGGGCUACAGCCGUGUUAAUACCCAAGAUCAGGAGCUGAAAAGGGGUAAUGAAUCGGAGGAAAACAACACAAAUCCUGCAGUAACUGAGAGAGACGCUGAAAAGAGCAAAGAAUCUUCUGGCAACAAAGCUGCAGAGAAGCUCUCCACCUCUCAGCUGAUUAUGCGUCGGGGACUAACGUUGCUGUUUUCAAUUCUUAUUUUGAUCACAGGAGUUGCGUUCCAGAUUGCUUUUCCUGUACCAGAACCCCAUGCCCAGAGUGUGGCCAACUUCACCUUGAAUUUGGUUAAUUUCUCCACUCCUACACCACUAAAUGCACUAAGCGUGACCACAAGCUUGUAAGCUACUUGAAAUGGAGACACCUGCUGACUGCAUGUGGUUGUUGCACUGGCUCCAUGUUAACAAAUGUCUUAAUAACUUCAUAUACUUAAUAACUUCAUAACUAAAUAACUUCAUAAUUCUAUUAUUGUAUAGUAAAAAUGAAGUUUUUACAUAUUAAAAUCCUAUGCAUUGUUUUCAGCUUCUCUGGAGUUAUGUGGUGAAGUUCACCAUAAAAAAGUUCAAACUGACAAAGUGGCUCAUCAAACAGACCCCAACAUCUAGUGCGAUGAAAUCACUUUUUCAGUCUUUGUUUAAAUCUAGUCUUAACUGCAUUUUUACUCGGUCACAGGAUUUUUUUCUCAAUACAGCUAAACACCACAGCUGCGACAUCCUUUUUUCCCUACAACUUAGUGUAAAACCCCUGGCUGCAUUUAAGUUGAAACAAGUUUUAACUUUGAAAACCUGAAAACUCAAAUUUUGUUUUUAUGUUUGCAGGAACAACUAAAUUAUUAUGCUUCUAGCAAUGGCCUUAAAAAUGUUUUGCUUUUGACUCAGGUAAGGUGGUCUUGACUACAAUACUGUUAACUUCUCAUUGGUUAACCUGCACACUAAGUAGUGUUAGCCCUCACUUUGAGGGGUAAGGCUGACAGAUAAAUAAAGCUUGGGAGCAUAAAGUGACUAAAUAAAUACUUAAAUAAUUGUUUUUUUAUUAAUAAAUUAGCUUUUCAUUUAAAAUAUUAAAUCAUGUAGUACGUAUUCAUUUAAUGAUUUAUUUAUUUUUUGAAUUUUGGCACUUUUGGACCUCACUGGCAUUGAUAUUGGCAUAUUCUUUUUUGAUCUAUUUUUACAUUGCCCAGUGUGGUAAAAGCUUUUUCUUACUGACUGACCCUUAAAUAAAUUUUUCAUGUUUUAACAAACUAAACAUUGAUUGUAAAUAUCUAUAUUGUACAAAAUUUACAUGAACAGAUGUAAAUACAUAAACCUGAAUAAGUGGUAAAUAAUUGUUGUAUUUUUUCUGUCAUUACAAAUUUUCCCUGUGUUUUCUCUUGACUAGAUUAAUAAAACAAACAUAGUA